CGGACACAACGGGACACCCCUCGACAUCGCCUACAACCACAUCGGCCACCCUUUCUCUCACAUCAGGCGACCUCGUACUCAGAUUUCUGCAUCGAACAUUGCAGACGUAAUCUAUUACCUCCAUGCCUGCGCCGCGCAUGUCACAGAGCGCAGAGGCCGCUCGCGCAGCUGCCCUCCAGGCCGAGUUCAACGAGAAGAAGUGGGUUUGGGUCCCCGACGACAAGGACGGCUACCUUGCAGGAUGGGUGCACCAGGAGGACAGCGACUUCGCCCAAGUUGUCAUGGCCUCUGGUGGCGAGAUCCGCCAAGUGCCGCUAUAUGCGCUCUCCAAGUUGAACCCUCCCAAGUUCGAUCGCGUCGAUGAUAUAGCCGACCUCACAUUUCUCAACGAAGCAAGCGUAGUCCACAAUCUACGCCUGCGUUACGGAUCAGGUGUAAUCUAUACCUACUCCGGCUUAUUCUUAGUCGCUGUCAAUCCAUACCAGAAUCUGCCUUUAUACUCGGAUACCAUCAUUCAGCAAUACCGGAAUAAACGCAGGGACGAGAAUCCGCCCCACAUCUUCGCUGUCGCUGAACGCGCUUGGAUAAACAUGGGCGAGGAACGCGAGAAUCAGAGCAUUCUUAUCACAGGCGAGUCCGGCGCUGGAAAGACAGAAAGUACCAAGAAGGUUAUCCAAUACCUCUCUGCCAUAGCGACGGAUGUACAUCUUCCAGCAUCAUCGCAUACCCAACAACCUUCAAUCUCGUCUCUAUACAACUCGCCCCCAGCGGGUGCUCCUCGGAAUAGCCAGUUCAGGCGCUCAUUGCAGGCUAGCCAAUCUGGUGGAAGUUCACUCACAUCUCGGGGUCGGCUAGGUCUUCUCGAACGUCAGAUCAUUCAAGCAAACCCUAUCCUGGAAGCGUUUGGAAAUGCUCAGACCCAGAGAAAUAAUAAUUCAAGUCGAUUUGGUAAAUUUAUCCGGAUUAGCUUCGCACCAGAUGGCAGCAUAUCUGGUGCGAACAUUGAUUGGUACCUCCUUGAGAAGAGUCGAGUGGUUGUUCGCAGUGAGGCAGAGAGGAAUUUUCACGUGUUUUACGAAUUGCUUAUGUCCAACAAUGAAUCCCUCAAAAAAUCGCUCCUCUUGGAUGGUGAUGUUGAGGAUUACGAAUAUCUCAACAAGAGUCGACGCGAGGUUGAUGGUGUAAAUGACAAGGACGAGUGGGAUGCGUUGAUUAACGCAUUUGAUACCGUCGGAUUUUCAUCACAUGAACAGCUUGAUUUGUUCCGAAUCGUAGCAGCGGUGCUGCACAUAGGAAACAUCGUUAUAACGUCGACGAAGGCAGAUGAUGCCGUAUUGCCAGAUCCAUCUCAGGCAGAACGCGCCUGCCAUCUCCUCGGAGUUCCUGUUGCCGAGUUUACUAAGGCAAUCCUUCGACCGAAGGUGCUCGCUGGCCGCGAAUGGGUCACCCAAGCUAGGACACGCCAACAGGCGUUGGAGGAGCUUGCCUCUCUUUGCAAGACCCUUUACGAGAAAUCUUUUGGUGCCCUCGUGGACCGCAUCAACCGCGCGCUUGACCGCCCAUCGUCGAAAUCCACCUUCAUCGGCGUGCUAGAUAUUGCUGGGUUCGAAAUCUUUGACGUUAACAAUUACGAACAACUCCUCAUUAACUGGACGAAUGAGAAGCUGCAGCAGUUUUUCAAUUACCACAUGUUCGUGCUCGAGCAGGAAGAAUAUGCGCGCGAGGGGAUCGAGUGGGACUACGUCAACUUUGGAUUAGACUUGCAGCCAACUAUCGACCUCAUCGAGGUCAGCGGCCCUACCAUCGGUAUCUUGAGCUGUCUGGACGAGGAGUGUAUCAUGCCCAAGGCGACGGACCUCACCUUCACUAACAAGUGCCACGCGUUAUGGAGCGGCGAUGUACGCACAGGGGAGGAGCCUCACCCUGGACGCGAAAAGUACUCCCCUACGCGCUUCGCGCAGGGUUUUGUUAUCUCCCACUACGCGGGCAAAGUCGAGUACCGCACUGAUGGCUGGCUCGAGAAGAACAAGGACCCCCUGAACGACAAUUUGGGGCGUGUCUUGGCUGCGUCGUCCGAUAGCUACGUUGCAUCUCUCUUCCAGGAGCACGCGGGCGGGUACGUCGACGUCAACGGCAAUCCCAACCCUUUCACCGUUGGCAAGAAGCGUGGUAUUAAGAAGGGCGCCUUCCGCACCGUCGCACAGCGGCACCGCGAGCAGCUGUCGCUCCUCAUGGCGCAACUCCAGGCAACGCAGCCUCACUUCGUGCGCUGUAUUGUUCCCAACGGGAAUAAGAAGCCGGGACGCAUCGAUGUCCCCCUCGUCCUCGACCAACUGCGGUGCAACGGUGUCCUGGAGGGUAUCCGUAUCGCCCGCCUUGGUUAUCCCAACCGACUCCCCUUCGUUGAGUUCCGCCAGCGCUACGAAAUCCUUACACCCGGCAUCAUCCCACGCGGGUACAUGGAUGGUCGCAAAGCAUGUCUACGCAUGGUCGAGGCGCUGGAGCUGGACGACGGCAUCUACCGCGUGGGCACGUCGAAGAUUUUCUUCAAGGCUGGCGUGCUCGCUGAGCUCGAGGAACGCCGCGAUUCGCUAUUGUUCGAUAUCUUUUCGAGAUUGCAGGCUGUUGCUCGGAAAUACUCUGCUAGAAGACAGAUGAAGAAGGUGCUUAAUCGUGCUGUGGCCAUUCGGACAAUCCAGAAGAACGCGCGCGUGUAUGGCGAGCUCAGAGAUUGGCCGUGGUGGCAACUUUACACCAAGGUCCGUCCGUUGCUCGCAGCCACGAGAAACGACGAGGAGUUACGCCGGAAAGAAGUCGAGCUCCAGCUCGCACGGGAGCGGGCAGAGAGAGAUCAACGCGAGCGCGAGACCCUCGAGAACCUCAAGAUGGGCCUUGAAUCGGAGAAGCGCAAAGUCGAAGACGAGCUCGAGGCCGAGCGUGCGCUUGCGCUCGACAAGGAUGCUCUUUUGGAGCGGAGCAAGAAGCGGGAGUCCGAGCUCGAGGAAGAGAUUACGGCCCUGCACGCUGACCUCGACGUCCUCGACUCGCAGCUCGAUCGUGCACUCAAGAUGCAGAAGGAGGGCGAGGAGAAGCACGAGGCGCUGCGGCUCGCGUUUGACCAGGCCGCCGAGCAUCUUGUGCGGAUGGAGCAAGACCAGAACUCUAACAAGGUGAAGGAGGAGGAACUGAUGACGACGUAUGCGACGACGCAGCAAGAACUCGGCGACAUUCAAGAAGAGCGCGAACGUCUCGUUAAAGAGAAAGAGGACCUUCAGGCCCUCCUUACUGUUCAUGAAGAAGAUCUCGCUCGUGUGAGAGAGCGUGCUGACGCCGCGCAUGGCGAACUCAUUGCCAAGCUCACUGAAGAGAGGCGAAACAACGACGCUGCUAACGACAAGAUUCAUGAACUUGAGCAAACUUUCCGCCAAAGCAAAGAGCAAAUAUCCGAGAUGAACCGUACCGCCAACGAGUACUCCGCUAUGAUUCAACAGAAAGAGGACGUCAUCGCUGGCAUUUCUCGCGACCUGGCUGCUGUCCGCUCAGAACGCUCCCAGUUCCAAAAAGAGACCUUCGAGUUGCAGAACAAGAUCGAGAUAGCCAAGGCCGAGGCUGAGACUGCUAAAGAGGAUGCACAACGCUCAGCUGCAUCCCGCACAAAGCUUCAGGAAGAGCUUGAUGAGCUCCGCACGUUGAUGGAGACAAAAACGAGCGAGGAGACCCGUCGCAUGGAGGUCGAGAAGAGCAAGGAGAUGGAAUUAUCCAAUCUUCGCAGCCAGGUCGAGACACUGCAGACAGAUCUAAGUACUACACGCAAUAGUGCAGCCGAGAACGAGCGCAAGCUGCGAGCAGAGCUAGAGGAGGCGCACCGUGAACGCGCGUCGCUGGAGGAGAGCCACAAGUCUCUGACGGGCCGGGAGCGAUCCAUGCAGAGCAAUAUCAAUAGGCUCGAGACGAUCAACUCGGAACUCGAGAAGACGAAGAGGAGUAUGGAGUCGGAGCUUGCCCGCUUCCGUUCCCGUCAGGUUGAGCUGGACAGCCAAAUAGCAGAUGCCACCAAGACCAAAGAUAGCUUGUCCCGCCAGCUCAGCCAAGCGCAGAGCAAGGCGCAGGACUUUGAGGAUGCUAAUCUCCAGCUCGAGAGGCAAAUCGGCCAGUAUGAGCGCCAGAUGGAGUCAACGCGUAAACAGCUAGAGGCGGAAACUGCGAAGAGACAACAGUUGCAAACAGUGGCAUCCAGCCAGAAGACUGAACUUGUCACGACAAAGGAGAAGUUGGCCAAGUUCGAGGAGGAGCUCAACAAGACGCUUAAAGACCUCAAAAAUAAGGAAUGGGAAUGCCGCCAGCUAGAGUCGAAACAGGACAAAACUAUUGUCGAACAUGUCCAUGUCCUUGAGGAGGCGAAGCGCGUUACCGACAAACAGCUUUCCACCGCCCAACAAGAGCUCCAGAAGAAUGCAACCUACAUCCGCUCUCUGGAAAAGGCGAGGAACAAGCUCAUGCGCGAAGCCGAAGAUAGUUCUUUGGAAACAAGGCGCGAACAGCUUGAGUUUCGUGCUGCCGAGAAGAACGCUCAACUUAAUGCCGAGAGGGCAGAAAAGGCGAUCGCCCGCGCUGAGUCGGAGAAGAAGGCCAAGGAGGCGGCAGAGCUCCAGGUUCGGCGCCUCCAGUCUGAGUUGCACACCGCCCACGCAGAGCUUGAGGGCAGGACGGACGAGUUGCUGACUGCCAAACGCUCCAAGGAGCAGCUGGAGAACGAGCUCGCGCACCUUGUCGACGAAAUGCCCAUGUCGGACGCGCGCAAUAAUACCUCGAAGGAGGCAGAGCAACGCAUCGCCGAACUCGAGCGGCAGCUUGCAGAUGCGACGUCAUCCGAGGUUGUCCUCGCGCAAAUCCAGCAUCGUGUUGACCAGCAGCACCGAGAGCUACGCGCUCUGAUUAUGAAGGAUGCACCCAAGAAUGAUUCAUUCCGCAAGCGCCUUAUGCAGGAGCUUCAGGCUGCAGACGAAGCCCUCGCCAAGGAAGUCAAGGCCCAUAUUCAGCAGAAGCCUUCCCGAAACGUGCACUUCAACCUCCCUCCUUCUCCCGCCCCGAAGAAGGCUCCACGUCCUUCCCUGACCGACCCGAAACCUGAUAGGCAGAAUGAUGAGCUGAAGCAGCAGGUCCAGACGCUUGAAAUUCGUAUUGAGGCGUCCGAGCGCGUGCGUCAGCACUACGAGUCUGUUAUCCGAGAUAUGACGUCGGAUUUGGAGAAUAUCAAUGACGCGAAGGAGUUCCUACAAAAAUGUCGUCGGCGAUUAUCUGAGGAGAAUGCGAGGCUUUCAACAAUGCUUGACGAGGAGGCCAAUGUUCGGCGAACAGCGGAGAGCUCGGAGGACGUCCAGGCUGUUUGGGCCAAGUUCCGCGCGACCCUCGACGAAGAGCAGCUCGCAUAUGGCAGACUUGAGGAGUCUCGCAAGGCUCUUCUUGUGCAACAGCGCAACACACAAGCAGAACUCGAAGAAGCCAAGAAAGGUCUACGUGACAAUACCCACUCCAAGAAGCGCAUGCAGGCAGAACUCGAGGCUUUCAAGGAAGCCCUGGAGACCGAGAAGAUCCGCAAGAAUGAGGCUCUUGACGCCAGUCGUGGUGCGCAAGCAAAACUUCAGGAACUUCAAGUUGACUCGGGCGCGUCCAUUGCUAUGCAAUCGGAACUUCGUGCCGCCAUGGAAGCGUACAGGCAGAAGUCUGAAACAAUGGCUAAACGAGCUGACGAGGCCGACAUUGCCAAGGAGAAGGCCACCCGUACUGAAUCACUUGUCCGCCGUUCACUUGCAGAUGCCGAAAAGGCUCUUGGCGCUGCAACAUCAGAGAAGAACAACCUGCAAAGCCGACUUGAGAAGACGGAACGACGCUUGCUUGAGCUCGAGAAGAAGCUUCACGACGAGGGAGAAGAGUCUUCUGAGCUCAGUGGAACUCGCCAACGCCUCUUUGAACAACUUCAGGAAGAGCGACAGCUACACCAGAAGGAUCUGGCCGAAAGGGACUUUGCAUCUGAUCAGACGCGCAAGAAGUAUCAAGCUGAGCUCGCUCAACUCAGCGAUGAGCUUCAAUCACAGCGUGACACUAUGAGUCGGCUUCGCGAGGACAAUCGUAAACUGCGCUCAGACUACGAUGACCUUCAAUUACGUUUCGACGACGAGGUUUACAAUGGUGGCGCUUGGAAGAAAGAGAAGGAACGCUAUGAGACCAAGAUCGACGACCUUACGAAAGCUUACGAAUCGUCGGUGACGGCUCAGUCUGACCAACAAAAUCAGAUCGUCUCUCUUCAUUCGCAAGUACGAGAGCUCCGGGGUGUGCUCAACGACGCGGAGGCCGACCGUGCGUUGCUUCAGAAGGCACGACGUGCACUUCAAGCGGAGUUAGAGAGCAUCAAGCUCGAUCAUGCCGACACGAGCAAGAUGGCAAACGACACGGAGUUCCAGAAGUUGCUGCUGCAAAAGCAGGACCUUAAGCGCUCACUAGAGGAACAAGAAGACCGCACCACCAUGGCUUUCGAGCGGCUGAAGAAGGCAGAGGCCUAUGCGAACGACUGUCAAGCUGAACUCAAUCAGACGAGAGGGGAGAACACAGAGUUAGAGAGGAUGAACGGAAAUCUUGAGAAACAAAUCAAAGAUCUCAAAGUCACAAUUGUCGAUCUCGAGACGCGGUCAUAUUCAUCGUCUCCACAGCCCUCCACCGUCAUGCGGCAACUACAAGAACGUAUCGCUGACCUCACGAAGCAGCUGCACGAGUCCCAGAGCGGCACCCAGCGUCGCAUGUCGUCCGACAAGAUGAUGCGAGAAGCGCAGAAUCAACUAGCUGAGAGUCAGCGGCAACGCAUACGCUUGGAGGAGGAGCGACAUGCAUUUGAGGCGCAGCUAGCGGCUCUCCGACAAGAUCUAGAUCGCACGCAAACGGAUGGACGCAACUUGCAGCGCGACAAGAGGCGAGUAGACCGAGAGGCUGCUGAUUUCAAGCAAAAGGCUCUUAACCUUGAACGUGAAGUAGAACGGCUCAGGGGCCGCGUCAGCCGUCCUUCGUCCGUUGUUAGCUCAGUUGUCAGCGCCUUGAACGGCUCGUCUCGCAAGUCCGAAUCAUGAUCAUGAACAUUUCUUUUUCCAAGUACUAUUAUUUACUGCUGCAACAGCUUUAUGACCGGCAUGACCUGCAUUUCAACGGACAUCACGACAUUGCAUUUUCUCAUCUCUUCUACAUUCAUUUUGCCAUUUCUGUGCUUGGUGUAUCCAUUACAUACAUGUAUCUUGCCCUUUAUCCGUAUUUUCGAUACUACACUUGUGCUACCAACAGUACUUGACAUCCUGAUAUUGGCAAGGUCACCUUUUCGGACUAGUACACUAUCCCUCCGAACGGCGUCGCAAAUGAAUCUGGAUGGCUCAAGCCACGAACUCAAGUGAUUGGGGAAGCAACGGUAGGCGCAUCAGCAAAAUCCCGCGAACGUUACCACGCAUUGUGACGUAUUGUCAACUUUGCAUAGAAUCGGAAAUGUAGCAACGGCGUCGCAAUGCAUGGUAAC